AACAAACGCAGCGCGGGAGAGUGCGGUGGAGCAGCGCGCGCCUGGCUCGGCUGUUGUUCUUGAGAAAUCUCUUGACUUGGACUCAGUUCACUCCCUGACAUUGAUGGUAGAGUAACUUCAUCUGCUGCUUCUCCAACAUGUCUGCUGAAAAUAAUUCAUCAUCAAGCGACUUACCUCCUCCCCCUAUCACAACUUCUGAAUUUCCCACACAGAACUUACCUUCAGAGAGAGAAGAUACCCAAGUACAGCUAGAAAGGGAGAGUCUGUGGGAUAAAUUUACUAAACUGGAAGAGUCUCUGAAAGGGGAAUAUUAUUAUGCAGGAAGGGAAGAGUAUCCGGAUGAGGAAGACAAUCUGGAGAAUGAAAAUCUGGAGGAGGAGGAUCAGUAUCCAGGGGAGGCAGGGUAUCUGGAAGAGGAUGAGUAUCUACAGGAGGAAAAGUAUCUGAAAAUGAGAGAGUACAUAUUUAAAGGAAAGUAUCUGGAGAGGGAAACGUAUCCAAGAGGUAAAGCACAUCAGCUUGAAAAUUAUCUGGAAAAGGAAUUCCAAGCAGCUUAUUCAUCAUUGAUCUCAUCUCAUCUUGAUGCAAGGAGCCCAAUUGCCAGCACCUCUCAGGGGACCACUUUAUUUGGCGCCCCACGUAGCAUCACUGAUCGGAGCACCGACUCGUAUUCCAUAAAACACCAGGCCAGUCAGACGAAAUGGGCCUACGAGAGCAAGUCGGUUUUACCCUGGAUGACAGAAUUAAAACCAGAUGAAGAAACCCCAGAGCAAUCCAGGAGCUCUCAUUCAGAAGUGAAUGUUGCCGCUGAAUUGCAGCAAGAGGAUACAACUGCCUUGGAAUCAUGGAACAGCAUAGUAGAUGAAGCUAUGGACAAGGAAGUUCAGAACUUCAGUGACAAUUUUUUUAGAAGAUCCUAUCAGGCAGUAUUUAAGAGAAUUGUCAGAGAAAUGUCUGCUGCCAAUGAACUGGAAGAAGAUCUUAACAUCCCCCUGAAUAUGCUGCUGCAAACUGAAAACAGAAAGAAACUGGGACUGCUGUUGAAGGAAAAUUUUGAAACAUUCGAAGACCCAAUCCUAUGGCUUAUGAAAAGACAUGAAGGUCUAAGGGCGAGAGAGACGUCCACUUUCACAUUUCAUCUAUCGACUCUGUCAAGGAUGAAGGAGUCUGAGCCAGCAGGCAAAAAAAAGGUUCCUGAUAAGAAGAAAGUAGAACUAGAUACAGAAUGGAUACAGGAGAUGACGGUACGCAGAGGUGACGGGAAAUUAAUUCUCUACCCCAAUGAGAACGUCUUCCAAGUUCUUUUUCCUGAUGGGACAGGACAGAUACGCUACCCAUCAGGAAGGCUCGCUCUGCUCAUCUCCUGCACAGGUGGUGAAAACUUCACAUACAUCAUUCUGGAAGACAGUGAAGAGGCUAGGGUCCGGGCCCUCGUCAAUAACUCUGGUCAUGCCACCUUCUACGAUAAGAAAGGAUUUAUAUGGUCAAGCCUGAGCAGCAACCUGGGCUACUACUUCCCCAAGGGCAAAGGCCAGAAGGCCUGGAACUGGUGGAAUCUGCAGGUCCACGUCCACAUGCCCCCGUUCCAGUCCAUCUCCUUGAACAUCAACAGCUACAUCCAGGUACAAAUAAGAAGCCAGGACAAGAUCGUCUUCAGCUUCGUCCACGAACAGAAGCAGUUUCGUUUAAACCUGGGCACCAGGUUCAAGAACAAACGGCCACCUGGAAGUCUGCAGCGCCCUCUCAGGCCGGCCAGGAGAGCAGCAAUGGCAUAUUCAUCUCCGAGAGCUGCUGAAGGAAUGGAACCAUCGGGAGGCUUGAAACCGCAAAGUUUAGUGUCUCCCUUCUGGGGGCUAAAGUCCGACAGGAUGUCAGUGGGGUCACCACCAUCCAAAGGCUUUGAUGGAGGAUCCUUUUGUGGCUCCCCCAGCUGCUGGUGGCUCCAGGUGUUCGUCUGUGACUGCUGCGCUGCAUCCUCUGACUCCAUCCUCACCCUCCAUUUCCUCUGUGUGCCUGUGUGA